UGGAAUUUAUAUCGCCGAAUAUGGACCGAAUUCUAACGAGAACAUUAGGCCAAAAUAAAAAAUUAAUAAUAAUAAAAUUUCCUUAAAAGUUCAUUCCGCCAUUGCCGAUUUCUCAAGUUCAAUCAACCGUACAAGUGUCUGUUUCAACCUUCUCUUCCGCAAUAAAGGUCCAUUUCCUUCUCUCCUUCACACACUCAGCUGUUAAUCUCUAUUUCCGUUCUCGCCUCAUAAUCUCAUAUUUUUUUUUUGUUUAAUUUUUAUUUUAAAAAAACUUCUCCUAAUUUGAGUUCUCAAGCUUUGAUACUAGGACGUGGGUUGUUGAUAAAAAUGGUUAAUGAGAAAUGGGUCGUACUGGGUUUGGUUUAAAGAUGGUGAAUUUGUCUAGUAUGGAAGAUGGUCGGGUUUUGAACUCAGGUGGUGGUUCAUUCCCUGACGUCUUUCACUUCGAAUGCCGAUUACAUCCGAAAUCGGCAUUCGGUUCUUUCAGCAUUUCCUCCAAAGCUUUGUACAAUCGCCAUCUUCGUUGUUUGUUACUUCCCAACCUCAACAAACGAAUGCUUUGAUCUUUCAAUAGAGGGGAAAAAAGAAAGAAAAAAUUAAAAAGAAAAAAAAUAAAAUAAUGGAACGUACGUAAAAUAUCAUUUAUUGUCUUCUUCUUUUUGGGUGUGUGUGUGUUUUUCUUUUCUUUUCCUUUUGUGGGAGUUUUUGGUUUCUUAGCAGGAAAUGAAUACAGGGUUUGGUUUGGCGUUACAAGCAAGUAAUGGAACGUUUGGAAUAAUGGGGACUCCAGAUGUAGAGGCUGGUUUUAUAGAGAAAGAUCCCACCAAUCGAUAUAGUCGGCUAUAAGGCAUUUGAUGAAGUUGAUGGAAUAGAAGUGGCUUGGAAUCAAGUGAAGAUUAAUGAUGUUUUGCGGUCACCUGAGGAUUUGGAGAAGCUGUACUCUGAAGUUCAUCUCUUGAAAUCACUGAAACAUGAGAAUAUCAUCAAGUUAUAUCAUUCCUGGGUGGAUGAUGAACACAAAACUAUUAACAUGAUUACUGAGCUUUUCACAUCUGGGAAUCUAAGACAAUACCGCAAGAUUCACAAAAACAUCGAUGUGAAGGCUAUAAAGAACUGGGCUAGACAAAUACUCCGUGGUUUGGUGUAUCUUCAUAGCCAUAACCCACCUAUUAUUCACAGGGACUUAAAAUGUGACAAUAUAUUUGUUAAUGGUAAUCAUGGUGAAGUUAAAAUUGGCGAUCUUGGAUUGGCAAUUGUCUUGCAGCAGCCUACUGCUCAAAGUGUCAUUGGAACUCCUGAAUUUAUGGCUCCUGAGCUCUAUGAGGAGAAAUAUAAUGAACUUGUCGACAUAUACUCUUUUGGGAUGUGCAUGUUAGAGAUGGUAACUUGUGACUAUCCAUAUAGUGAAUGCAAAAAUCCAGCUCAAAUCUAUAAGAAGGUUACCACAGGCAUUAAGCCUGCUGCUCUUCGCAAGGUGAGUGAUCCCCAAAUCAAGGAUUUUGUUGAGAAGUGCAUAGUUCCAGCUGCUGAGAGAUUUUCUGCAAAGGAGCUUCUCAAGGAUCCAUUCCUUCAAGUUGAAAAUCCAAAGGAAUUAACCCGUGAUCCAGUACUGCUAACCUAUAAAAGUUUCAAAGGAUUAAACUUAAAAUCUGGUCCUUCGACGAUGGACAUAGAUCCUGAUUAUAAGCAGCAUUAUGAAAGCACCGGCACAGAGAGCAACUUGAGUAGCCCUGAAAGUUCAGUCUUGGAGUUCCUAAGAACAAAUACAAGGCAUGAAUUUAGGUUGAGAGGAAAGUUAAAUGAUGACAACUCAGUAUCAUUGACCUUGCGUAUAUCUGAUUUUUCCGGUCGAGUUAGGAAUAUACAUUUUCUCUUUUACCUCAACACUGAUACGGCAAUUUCAGUAGCGGGUGAAAUGGUUGAACAACUUGAGUUAGCAGAUCAUAAUGUGGCUUUCAUUGCCGAGUUGAUUGAUGACUUGAUACUCAAGCUUGUACCUGGUUGGAAGCCUUCCUUUAAUAAUCCCUCGUCUGGGCCAAUAGGUUCCAAUGGAAUUAUUGAAGAUCAACCUUCAAUAGUAUCAGUUGCUUCCAAGGUACUGGAUGAAGAUGCUUCAACAAGUGAUGUUAAAAUAGAUGAGUUGGCUAACUGCAAUAACAAUGGAUGCUGUGAAGGCUUAGGUUGGUGUGGCUCAGAAUUAGAACACCCGGAUUCAUAUUCUGGUGACAAUAAAUUGCAAGGAGAUACCACCGGUGCUGGCAUCUUUGUCCCAGUUAACAAACAUAUGAAGAACUUGGAGUUACAGUUGCCAGAUCUAAUAUGUAGAUCUCAUUCUAAAAGCUCAACAAGCAGCUGUAAAUCAAUAUGCUUAGCAGAUAAAGGUCCAGAUGUUGAGCUUCAGAUGGAAUUAGCUUCCAUUGAGGAACAAUAUGAGCAGUGGUUUCAAGAGCUUUCUAAGAUGAAGGAGGAAGCAUUGGAGGAGACUAGAAAAAGAUGGGCAGAAAAGAAGAGGCUGGCGGGUCAUCAGUUGGGGGCAUGUUGAAAUCCUCUCUCCCAUUACAUACAUCCCAUAAUUGUGCAUAUUCUUGUUCUCUCUCGUUUUGGGAUUUUUUGUUUUUUUUAAUUUCCUCCUUCACUAAUCUAUGUUUAAUAGUGUGGAAAUGAAAUGAUUACCUAGAUUAAAUCUUGUUGGUGGUUUUUUUCUUUCAUGAAAUAUAAAGAUGUGGCAGUAGCACUAGCAGAACCAAUUAUAACUUUCAUCGAAUCUUUAAAUCAUUUUUUUAUUGAAAUAUAUAUAUGUAACUGUGGUGUACAUAAAUGACAAGUUUAGAAUAAAUGACCCUUUUGAGUCAAA